AUGGACUAUAGUUCUAUGCACAACGACAACGACGAGGCCUCCCCUGGGGCUCCCCGGCCAUUCCCCCACGAGGCGGAUGAGCGCCGAGGCUUCCGCCCUAACGACGCCGACUCCGAUGCUGGUGACUACCCCGACUUUGCCUCGAGCACCACCGCUAGGGAUUCCGAGGGCAUCGCGGCCCACCACGAGGUUGACGACCAACAACCUCCGGCAACUCCACAGAAGCCCCAGGGCCCGUCGCGGCCGGCGGAGCCGGGGCAGGCGUCUCAAACCGAAGAGCAGGCGCGGAAGCCGACUACCAACCUUCCGAGGUUCCGCACGACCCAGUACCGCGAUGUUCGUCGCCUGCAUUCAGAAUUUGUCAAGCUCGCGGAGCACCUUAUAUCCGCCAAUCCCGAAGCUUUUGUUCCCGCCGUUCCGGCUGCGUUGACCUCCGCCGGCGCCGGCACAGAGGAGGACGAAGUCCGUGUCAAGGCUCUCAUGCAGCGGUGGUUGAGCUACGUCUGCAGCAGCGAGACCCUGAUGAGAGAUGAUGAGAUGGUCCUUUUUGUUGAAAGCGAUUUCGGCUACAGCCCCAUGGUCAAGAUGAAGCAGCCCGCCACCGGCGUCAGGCGAAAGAUCCUCAAGCAGUUUGCCCCCUCCCGAUGA